UGGCUACCUCGCCUCAGUCUUGGUGGUACAUUUCCCUCGUUCGGAUGUGUCAAACGUAGUGUCAAUCGGAGUGGAAAAAAUAUUGAUUGCUCUAAUGAGUGUUGAUGAAACCAAAAUGGAACCACUGCCGAUGGCGGCCACAGUGGGAUCAGAUGAGCAAUCAACGGUUGCGUCGCUACCUGAACCAUCGCUGCCAACGGUUCCUGUGCCACCUCCGCCACCAAUCGGUGUCCGUAUCCGACCGAAGAUUUGCGAUGUCCGCAAUUGUAACUCGGACAGUUUGCGCAACCCAGAGUUGCUGUUUGUGUGCGUCCCCACUCAUAACUAUCCCGAACGGCGCUUCGUGUGGUUGACAUUGAUGCAAGCUAUGCGUGAUAAAAAGCGCAGUUACUGUUGCUCGCGACACUUCACGAUUCCAGAUGAUUUUAAAGACUUUCAGGAGUUCAUUUCUGCUCCUCCGGGGUACAAACGACAGUUGCUUGUGAAGAAAGGAGUGGUCCCGCAUCUCAAUAUGCCCCCAUUGAAUAUGUCCGCUUUGCCACCUCUGACGGACCGUUGGCCAAUGACACUGCCAGAGGGUAUGACGGAAGUGGAUCAACUGCGCCAUAAUGCCAUGGCGCACCGCAGUAUGCCACCCCCGCUACCUAUGAGACCCACCCACCUUAACCCACAACAGAUGGCACGGGCGCCAAGUGGUUCUCCAAUCCGGGUCAGACACUCCCGGGGCGUUCAAACCGAUUCAACGCCAACCUGCAUUGGAGGACGGACGAUCGCACCGAGUUUGCAGUAUUGCAGACUCUGCUUCCAAAAGCAAGAUUUGGAACCGAUCUUCACAGGGGACCAAACGCUCAUCGAGCCCGAUCUGAUUGACAAAAUUUAUGGAUGCACCGAAGUGAUGAUUUCCGUUGAGAGCGAUUUUCCUUCAUCGAUAUGCACGGCAUGCUACACAAAGGUGCAGGAUUACGUGAAAUUCCGUAAACUGGUUCAACUGAAUAACCAAUCCCUUCGAGGGGUACUGGUAGCGCCGCAACCAACCAACCCUAACCGCCGAAACCUACCGGCGGUUCCAAGGCGGAAUAGUGUCAUCCGGAAGAUAACUACAGGCAUCGUUUCAAACAGACCAACUCUCAAGGUGACACCACUUCGACCAGUAACGUCCACCCCGCCCAGUUCAACUCAAAGAUCUCCCGCCACUCCGCAACGAGACGAUCCGCUUCUAGAGGUUCAACGUGUUGAAAACGUUGAACGAUAUCAGCGGAGACAGCAAACCAUCGAACGAAAUCAACCGUUGCGCGCCAACAGAGUACAAGACACUCUGUAUCCCGUUCCUUACCGACGACCCGUCACCGACAAUGCCACCGUUGAUGAUCCACUCGCAAGUGCCGAAGGCGAACAGAAGCUUUCGUCGGAUUCGGAAGGCGCUUCUACACCGACAGGAGUUCAACUGGAUGGUCGUGUCGUUCCCGUCACACUGAUCCGCGUUCAGCAGGAAAUAUCUGAGGGUGAAUACGCAGAACCUAAAGCACCCAAUGAAGGCCAGGGUGGUGUCAAAGCAACAGAUCAACUACACGAUGCAACAGUGAAAGAAGAGGAACCUAGUGCUGAGUUACUGCCACCUGAAAUUGUUAAUACUAAUGUCGGAUUUUCUCCGGCAAGAAACAUCAUCAGAGCCAAACCCCUUCACCAGCUAUUACGUAGCAUCGAGAGGAAAAAGCAGAAUGCUCCAAGCGUACUGCAAGCUGUAAAGCUACUCCCAUCUGCUACAGCCAAAGCCCUUGCCAGCCAGAAAUCGUCUCUUAAACCUGUCAACACCUUGACGAGAGGGGUAACGAGUGGUCGUUUCGCUGAGCACAGUAUGCGUAGCAAUCUUGUAAGAACCAUUCCCAAGCAAACCGCAGGACGUAUGUUCCAAAAAUCUAUCCCAGGAUCGCUGUACAAUCUGAUUCAUAGGGCAAAGAAAUUGCAAUCUACAUCACCUUCACCGUCAGCCUUUAAGCAACCUGACACUGCAAAAAUAAGUUCAACACCUUCACCAGAUUUGGAGCUGAUAGAAACUCAACAACCUGUUCAAGAAAAACUUGGAGUGAAGCCUUCCACUCCCACUUCAACUCCGAAAUCCAAGAACCUCACGGAUUCACAAGAAAAACAAAAGGAAAACAGUAUCUCAGAUACUCCGUUUGCUCCUAGGAUUGUUCCAAUCAGUUCCCCGAAGCCAACCGCGAAGUUAAGCGAUCAGCUUUCAACUGCUCCCCCUAUUCCAGUGUCUAAACCCGCGGAGCCAGUUGUACAAACGAAGCUAAAAGAUAGCUCCAACGUUAAAGUUGGUCCCCCUAAACUCAAUCGUUUGGCGGUUGUUCUAUCCAGGCUUGCUACUCCUUCAUCUGCCCAAAAGCCCAAACCAUCGAAACCAGUCUCAAAACCAAAAGAAAAAGACAAUAAUGUGACUGAAACUGCACCAACACGCACGAUUCCUGCAGAAUCACUUUCGCCGCGAUCGUCACGCGUCCGUAAGGUUCCGCUCAAGUUCAAAAACACCGUGGGAUUCCCCAUGCCGAAAGUCGUAACCAUUAAACCGGACCCGGAUGUUGCGCCCGUUGUGCCUUCCCAAGAAUCCAAGGAAAAAACUCAAAAAGCAACAGAACCCCAGGAAAAAUCUAAAAAACUAGCAGAAUCGAAAGAAAUAACGGAAAAACCGAGUCCUCGCGUUACUCGGAGAUCAAACGUGAUCGAUGAAAAACCCACCGCUGAUACACCAAAAGUUACGAAGAAACCCGAAACUACUAAGGAAACGGUGCCGAAGAGCAAACCUAAAGAAAAUGACCCGCCCAGAAAAGAGCCCCCGCGAGUGACUAGACGAUCGGAUGUAGCGAUUGCAAAGCCUGAAGAAGACACGCAACGAGUCAGGGCAGCGAAGCGAAAAUCGGACAACAAACCGGAACCAAAACCGCAUGCACCGCCUCCGUCGAAAUCUCCAAGAGUAGAUUCGCCCAAGACAAAGGUACAGGAAGCUUCUACGUCGAAGGUCCCAAAAGCUAAAGAGCAACCUCAGCAGAAAGCCAAGCAGGCCGCUGUGCAAGCCACUGACAAACGGAAAGAAACAACCGCUUCGACGUCUGUUGAAGCGAAAAUUGCACUAGAUCCGUUGACACUAUCAGUGCCGGUUAAGAAACCGAAGAAAAGACAGGAACUGGAACGGGCUAAAACGCCCGUCUCGUCCAAAGAUUGGAAGUGUCCGUUUUGCCCGAAUAAGGUGUUCGAAGAGAAGAAACGGCUGGUCAAACAUCUGCGCAAGCGACACGGCAUGGACUACGCUUUGGUCCGGCAACGAUUGGCAAUUUAUGGCGGCAAUUGGCGCUAGGGAAUUUUUUUAGCUAGAAAUAGUUCUUGAAUUUGCUUGUUUUUAGAGUAUUUUUAUUCUAUGGUUAAUGUAAAUAAAUGCACAAGUUCUUUGCUCCACGAUUGAG